CCCUAGUUCAUCUCUCAUGCAUGGACUGUAAGCUUCGAUUUCGAUUUCGAUCAAUUUCUUAAGACAUUGACCGAUGGAGUUCACAACAUCCGAUGACAGAGAUGCAAAAGUUCACUGGAAGAUAACAGUGGAUCCUGAAACUGGUACCUGAGAACUCGCGCUGGAAAAACUCCGCUUCACACGUCAAUGGCAAACAGUACAGGCUGGAACACUGGAAGGGAUGAGAUUCCAUCUCGGAUCCUAAUGGGAUGUGUCUUUCUGCUGCUUAUUUUGUGGACGCUAUUUGGGAACUUUACCGUUUGCGCAGCAGUUUUGCGAUUCCGACAUCUGAGGAUCAAAGUCACAAAUAUCUUUAUUGUUUCCCUGGCUUUAUCCGACCUGUUGGUGGCCGUUUUGGUGAUGCCCUGGAAGGCGGUGGCCACGGUCUUAGGUCGUUGGCCGUUCGGGUCAUUCUGUAACACAUGGUUGGCUUUCGACAUCAUGUGCUCUACGGCCUCCAUUCUUAAUCUCUGUGUCAUUAGUCUGGACCGCUACUGGGCCAUCUCCAGCCCGUUCACUUAUGAAAGAAACAUGGACAAGAAACUAGCCCUCAUUAUGGUCAGUAUGACAUGGACCGUGUCAGGAGUCAUCUCGUUUGUCCCGGUUCAGUUGAACUGGCACAAGGCAGAGCAAGAGACAGCUGAAGUGGUGGCAAACCAAACUCUUGAUAACUGUGACCCAAGUCUUAGCAAGACAUACGCUGUAUGGUCCUCGAUGAUCAGUUUCUAUAUUCCUGUGGCUAUUAUGAUUGUUACUUACACAAAGAUCUAUCAGAUUGCUCAUAAACAGAUACAGAAAAUAUCCUCUUUAGAACGCGCUGCGGAGCAUGCUGUUAACUGUACAUCUAGCGAGUUUCCUUGUACCCAUCCGAAAGCAGUAAAGUUGUCAAAAGAAACCAAACUCCUCAAAACGUUGGCCAUCAUAAUGGGUGUAUUCGUGUGCUGUUGGUUUCCUUUCUUUGUCGUGAACUGCACGGUGCCGUUUUGUCAGGAGCCACAGAAUGACGACCCCAAGUGUGUGAGUGAAACGACGUUUGAAGUGUUCAUGUGGCUUGGAUGGUGCAACUCAUCUUUGAAUCCGAUCAUUUACGCGUUCAACACGGACUUCAGGGAAGCAUUCGCACGCCUUUUGGACUGCUGCGGCGUCUGUGGCAAUGAACCGCCGGGGACACUGGGCAUGAGCCAGCAUGCGUCCAACAACCAGAACAGUUCGUUGAACCUUGCUGUUUCAUAUGUUAACAUGGCGCUGUAUAUUCAACCUGCGUAGAGGUAAUAUACUGUGAUCUUUAUCCCGAUGUGGACAUUUCCCCUGAUAGUUAUAACUUUUCAGCAGUGCUUCAGUGGUAAACUUUGGGAUCAAUAGUUAAUCAAGGAUCCAUUUGGAGAGAGCAGGAAGCACGAUCAACACCAUACCUGCCCCACGUGGAGCAAUAUAUUAUUCUAUAAACACAACCAUAGCAAGAAAGUUCUGUUUUCCCCUCACAUUUUCAAUAAGUCAGUUCUUCGUUCCAGUUUCAGUGAACGGAAAAUCAGUCGUUGAACUUGAAUGGGACUAUUUUGCCCGACGUUUGCCUAUACCGCUUUACUGCAUCUUUGAUGUUCCAUUAGCAUUCCCAGUGAUGCAGCCUCUUUGCGAGCCCACCUUCAUAAAUAAUUGGCUAUUUCACUUUUAUGAAAGGGUCGGUGCUUCUGUGUCACUGAGCGCAUACAGAGAGCCCAGUCAUGCACUGUGUCAGAGCGGAACUAUCUUCCGUGAGGUCGGGGUGUUUGCGUUUUGUCUUUGUUGACAUUCAUGGUUGGACAUUGGAGAUCACCUCAGAUGAUGCCUGAAUUCACAUGCACUACGUUUUGCGUUUUUCUGGGCUACAUUUGAACAUUUUGUAAAAUCAUUCCAAACACAUGUUUGGGCAGCUUUAAGUGUGACCUUUUGAAACAUGCAGAUGAAACUGUCUUUUUACAUUUCUUUUGGUUACAUUUAUGACGCUUUGUGCAUUGAACUGUUAUUGCGCACAAAGGGGCCAUAACGAGU